UAAAAAAUUGUUCCUAACAGAGUAAACCAGAUUGUAAGCCCACAAACAAAAACGAAAAAAAAAUAAAACCAAGAAAACCCUAGGCAUACAAAAUGAGUAGAAAUGGAGAGGCUUUUCUGGGGUCUUCUUCGGCAAUUUAGAGGCUUUAUCAGAUUCAGUAGCUGUUUUCUUGGGCAGCAAGAUGGGGUUGAUGUUCGGUAGAACUCCGCCGCUAGCAAUGGUUACCCCCUAUAGCAACUUUCCCAGUUCCUCGUCGUUCCUCACGGCCAAAAGGACAUGCCUCGGGUUGGUUCUAAAAGUACUUCAGCAGCGAGAUACUCAAGAACCGCGGCGAGGUAGAUCGAAGCACCAGAGCCUGUCCUCUAAGCGUAGCGACCCUUCUUCAAAUACCGAGCAAUUCGACCCACGGGGAAUUGAAGCCCAUCCUUGAUAGACUUCGAGACCAACUGAAGGAACGCGGGCUGGGGAUGGGGGAGGAGGAAAUCAAACGUACUGUUUUCAAAUGGGUGAAAUAGAGAGGGAACAUGCAGAACAUGGGUUUUGUUGUAGGGAAUUUUUGGUCAUUUCGCUUAAGCCAUGUAGGCUGCUCCCCAAACAGUGGCGCUGCCCAGAUUUUUUCAAAAUUCAUAGCGUGUAGAGAGGCCACAGGUCCGUAACCAUCAAAGGUCAAUGCCGACAAAACUAUCAAGAUUGGACCACAGAAAACACCCCAAAACACUGAAGAACAAAAUAAUAGAGCGGCAGCCAUUAACAGCUUGAUCGUAAUAUUCGGUCACCACUUCCUCAUAUGGCUUGCAGUGCCUCAACUCAACUUCUCUUCGUCCUAGAAUUCUUACAUUCUCACCCAACUCAUCGAACGAAACCAUCACAAGCUUUCAUCUGUUACACUCAACGGAGGACACGCCCGUGUUUAUCAUAUGACAGUCAGUUCAAGGCCAAUUUUCCCACGUUCCCGAAGCUCCCUUUGCUCUCUGGCCGUCUAAGCAGAUUCAAUGCAGGAGUACAGAAAGUCGAUGCUUCUGGGGAAGAGGGUGGGUCGCUUGUUUCUGACGCAACGUAUCAGGAGAAAUUUACUUGGUCUUCUGUGAUAUUGCCGUUUUUGUUCCCAGCCUUGGGAGGUUUGUUGUUUGGGUAUGACAUUGGUGCCACCUCCAGUGCUACCAUCUCAUUACAGUCACCUGAGCUCAGUGGAACAACUUGGUUCAACCUUUCAGCCAUUCAGCUUGGACUUGUGGUUAGUGGUUCCCUUUAUGGAGCUCUUCUGGGUUCCCUUCUUGUCUAUCCAAUUUCAGACUUCCUUGGGAGGAGGCGAGAACUUAUCACGGCAGCUGUGCUAUAUGCGCUUGGUGGUCUGACCACUGCCUAUGCUCCAGCCCUUGGUGUUCUUUUAGUGGGACGGCUGCUCUAUGGCCUUGGUAUUGGUUUGGCCAUGCAUGGGGCUCCUCUCUAUAUUGCAGAAACUUGCCCAUCUCAGAUUCGUGGAACUCUAAUAUCUUUAAAGGAGCUCUUCAUAGUUCUUGGGAUUCUGUUGGGCUAUUUUAUUGGAAGCUUUCAGAUUGAUGUAGUUGGAGGGUGGCGUUACAUGUUUGGAGCUAGUGCACCGAUUGCUCUUAUUAUGGGACUCGGCAUGUGGAGUCUUCCACCAUCUCCACGCUGGCUGCUUCUUAGGGCCGUCCAAGGAAAAGGUUUAUUACAAGAUUACAAAGAGAAAGCAGUUCUUGCUCUGAGCAAACUAAGGGGCCGUCCUCCUGGUGACAAGCUGUCUGGAAGGCAAAUAGAAGACACAUUUGUCUCAUUGAAAUCUGCAUAUGCGGAUCAGGAGUCUGAGGGCAGUUUCUUGGAGGUCUUUCAAGGCUCAAGUUUGAAAGCCUUCCUAAUUGGUGGGGGGCUGGUCCUUUUUCAACAGAUAACUGGGCAACCAAGCGUUCUAUAUUAUGCAGGUCCAAUACUGCAGUCUGCUGGGUUUUCUGCGGCCUCUGAUGCUACCCGAGUUUCUGUUGUAAUUGGCGUUUUCAAAUUCCUGAUGACAUGGAUAGCUAUCCUAAAAGUAGAUGAUCUUGGGAGAAGACCCCUGCUAAUCGGAGGAGUCAGCGGGCUUGCUCUUUCUUUAUUUCUGCUUUCUGCUUAUUAUAAAUUUCUCGGAGGGUUCCCUAUUGUUGCUGUAGGCAGUCUACUUCUCUAUGUCGGUUGCUACCAGAUCUCAUUUGGCCCGAUCAGUUGGCUUAUGGUGUCAGAGAUAUUCCCGCUUCGGACAAGAGGGCGAGGGAUUAGUCUUGCAGCUCUUACUAACUUUGGCUCAAAUGCCAUUGUAACCUUUGCAUUCUCACCAUUGAAGGAGUUUUUAGGAGCGGAAAAUCUCUUCCUUCUUUUCGGGGCUAUUGCUUUGUUGUCACUUUUGUUUGUACUGCUUGUUGUCCCGGAGACCAAAGGGCUGAGCUUGGAAGAGAUUGAGUCCAAGAUUUUGAAGUGAAAGCGAAAAUUUAAAAUAUGUACCAAUCGAGCUUCCAAUACACCCAAGUCGUUUUGGUUAGUCUGUGAACUCGUUUCCUCAUUUUUUUUUUCUUUUUUUCUUAUUCCCGUUCUGUGAACUUGUUUACUAUCAUGAUACGUCAAGGUCACCUGUUUGAAGCUUCCUUGAGCCGCCUGUCUUACCAUUUCAUAAAAGCAACCUUAUUAUAUUGUACACAAGUAAUGGCUCUUCAGCCAGAGUACUAAUUAGCUGAUGGUAUUUUCUUAUAAUCACUCAGGCAUCCAAUCAGAAUGGGUUAUGUAAAGAUUUAGUGCAUAUUAUUAGUAAUUCGUGGUUCCAACUUCUGGCACAAA